AUGUCUAGCGCAGACUCGCUCGUUCUGGCAUCUGUAUUUGCAUCUACCGCAUACUUAUGGUUCAAGAAGCUAGAACCCACCGAUCCGUUCUCUCUGGUUGUACUUCUGGGCGUAGGGCCUGCACUCCCCAUCGCUGUGCAUGGUCUCCCCUUCACAUCAAUUGUCUGUUCUGUGUUCGCGUCGUAUGCGACAUAUUAUAUAAGUCUGCUUCUGCUCACCGCCUUAUACCGCCUGUCUCCGCUGCACCCGCUGUACAAGUAUCCGGGUCCCACAGCUGGCAAGCUUUCAAAGUUGUGGUUAGUGUACAAGUCCUCGCGGGGCAGGCUCAACGAAUACUUCAAACAAGUGCAUGAGAAAUACGGGCCUAUUGUCCGUCUAGGCCCGAACGAGUUGUCGAUCGUCGAUGAUACCCUCUUACCAUCAAUCAUUGGCACGCAAGGAAUGCCUAAAGGGCCUUUGUGGGAUGGGCGGAGGACAAACAGGAACAUGGACAUGGACUUCAUUAAGGCAAACCUGAUAGGUGCACGAGACCUAAAGCAGCAUGCGGACGCACGGAAGAGCUGGAAUCGCGCAUUCACCUCCUCAUCAGUGAAGACAUACGAGCCAAUCCUCAUCAGGCGCACGACACAGCUCAUAGAUGAGUUAAGGACAAAGUGCAUCAACGGCAAAGGGGGACGAGCUCAUGUUGAUCUGGCUUUGUGGCUCGGCUAUUUCUCACUUGACUUCAUGGGAGACUUCGUCUUCAGCGGGGCUUUUGAACUCAUGCGCGACGGUGACAAAGAAGGCUUAGUACCACUCAUGGAGGCUGGCACCUAUAUUGCUGCGUUGACGCAGCAUAUACCAUGGUGCCUUGACAUUAUAUCAUUCUCUCCAACCUUGUUCCGUCUAGCUUUUGGUAAAAUGAAAGGUCUAGGCGAGUUUGCGUUUCGUCAAGCAAUCAGGCGUAUGAAAGAGGUGCCGAUGCAGAGCGACCUGAUGUACUACCUUAAUGAGGAAGGUCAAAUGGACUCCAACCCGCCCCCGGCGCCUCUCGUUCUGUGGAGCGCCGUCAUAGCCGUCAUCGCAGGCUCUGACGGUCCGGCGUCUGCCUUGUCGAAUGCUGUCUACGAGCUGCUCUGUAAUCCACAAUGUUUCGAGAGGCUGCGUGCGGAGGUUGAUAGUGCAUUCCAUCCUAACGCGGGAGAGCCGAUCAAUACCGCUAGGCUGUCGCGUAUGGAAUACUUGAAUGCGUUUAUUAACGAGGUUCUCCGUCUGCAUCCUCCUAUUGCAACCUGUCUGCAGCGGGCGCCCACUGAAGGCAGCGGCGGGCACAUGCUCGGCUCUAGCAUCUUCAUUCCUGAAGGCGUGGCCGUCUACGCGGCGCCAUAUGUAUAUCAACGCGAUCCACGAUACUUUGCUCCAGACCCUGACCGCUUCUGGCCUGAGAGAUGGCUCUUGGCCAAAGAUACGGACAUCGUCGUGAACACGAACGCUUACAUUCCUUUCUCUAUCGGCCCUGCCAAUUGUGUUGGGAAGCCACUGGCCCUCAUUCAGCUACGGAUGGUUAUUGCUUACUUCGUGCAGGCCUUCGAUGUAUGCUUUGCAGAGGGAUAUGACAAGCAAUGUUGGGAAACGGAGCUCCGAGAUUACUUCAUUACGCAUAGAGGCUCUCUCCCUGUCAUCUUGACCCCUCGUCCGUCGGUCCGCUAA